AUGACCAUCUCCUACACCAACGGCAUCUCCAUCCUCCAACUGAUAGUUUACUUCCCUUCUAUCUUCCUAUCCGCAUUUCUCGUCUACCGCCAUGGUCUGCGUACAAACAGCGGCUUCAUUUUCCUCACAACAUUUGCUCUAGCCCGCAUCGUCGGCGCCUGCUGCGAGCUGGCAACAAUCAACAACCCAUCUACAGGCCUCUUCACCGCAGCCGCAAUCUGUAGUUCAAUUGGAUUGUCGCCAUUGAUGCUCGCGUGUAGCGGUCUCCUUUCUCGAGCCAAUCUUUCCAUUGAAUACACAACAAGCCGUCCUGCUUUACCAGAUCUGAUCUUCCGCGCUUUCAGGCUGCUCACUAUCGUCGCGAUGGCAGUCGCUAUCGCCGGUAUCACGUCUAAUAUGACCGCCGAGGGUCUCCAGCACCCCGAUAUCAAGACUAAAAUUGGGAUGAUUCUUUACCUUGUCUGUUGGGCGAUUAUGGUCCUCAUGCUUCUGGUCAUUGCACUUAAGCGAGGCUCUCUGGAGCGUGGCGAGGGCCGGACUUUGUUGGCCGUUGCUAUCUCUUCGCCAUUCAUUCUCGUCCGCAUCAUCUAUGCGCUCCUCAUCUGGUUCUUGCAUGACUCGACUUUCAGCCUUCUCAACGGCAGUGAAACUGUGACUCUGGUGAUGUCGGUCCUCGAGGAGUUUGUUGUUGUCAUUGUUUGCCUUGGUGUUGGCAUGACUCUGCGUGUUCGUGGCAAGCAGGUCAAUCAGAACGAUGAGGCCGCCAUGCCUGCUUAUCCUCAGCAGUGGACUUCUAAGCCCUAG